AUGGACAAAAAGUUGAGUGAAAGUCAAUGUUUAGAAAGAGGAUGUAUUUACGAUCCCGUGAAGGAUAAGCCAGAGAUUCCUUACUGUUAUUUCAAUGCAGCAAAACUCGGCUAUAGAAUAGACUCAACAAAAGACACUGACUUUGGUUUGGAAGCGACUCUCAAAUUGAAAGACUCGGCAAAAGAUACAAAACUUGUCACACAAUUGGAUGCUCUGAAGACUGAAGUCACGUAUUUGACAGAAAACAUACUCCGGGUUAAGAUAUUUGACGCCAACAACAAGAGAUAUGAAGUCCCCAUUCAGUCUAACUUUCCACUCCUUCAACAACCCCUUCACAAAAUCGAUGAAAAUCUGAGAAAAUAUAAAUUUAAUUUAAAUAAAACAGACUUUGGGUUUGACAUCGAAAGGAAAAGUACUUCCACUAAAAUUUUGGACACAUCUAUUGGUGGACUGGUAUUUAGUGAUCAGUUCAUACAAAUAGCGAGUUAUUUGCCCUCAAAUAAUGUCUACGGAUUGGGUGAGAAUACACACCCGUCUCUCAGACAUAAUCUUAAUUAUAAGACUUGGCCCCUAUUUACAAAGGACAACGCUCCCAAUAGUCUUGAGGAGAAGAACAACUACGGUCAGCACCCCUUCUAUACAGUACUCGAAAGUAAUGGCAAUUCACACGGAAUUCUGUUACUUAACAGCAAUGCUAUGGAGUAUACACUUAUGCCGGCGCCCGCCGUAUCUGUUAAGACAAUCGGAGGAAUUCUGGACUUCUUUGUGUUUGUCGGCGAUAAUCCCGAACAUACAAUCGGAGGAAUUCUGGACUUCUUUGUGUUUGUCGGCGAUAAUCCCGAACAUGUCAUACAGUUAUACACAUCACUAAUCGGUCGCACAUUUAUGCCAUCGUUUUGGGCGUUUGGCUUUCAAAUCUCCAAAUAUGGUUAUCAUAACACAAAUAUGGUUAAAGCCGUUGUCGAGAGACAAAUCAAACACGAGGUCCCAUAUUUAUACACAUCACUAAUCGGUCGCACAUUUAUGCCAUCGUUUUGGGCGUUUGGCUUUCAAAUAUCCAAUUCACGUUAUCAUAACACAUCUCAAGUGAGAGCCUGUGUCGAGCGACAAAUCAAACACGAGGUCCCAUAUGAUGUCCAAUACGUUGAUAACGAUUACCAAGAGGUUCAGAGCCGGGAUUUUACAAUUGAUCCUGUUCUUUACAAAGAUUUACCACAACUUAUUAGCGACACUCAAACCAAAUACAAUCUGCAUUGGACUCCAAUCAUAAACCCGCAUAUUCAGGGAAAUGAAGCAAAUUAUACGAUCUUUAGUGAAGGCAAUGACAAAAAUGUGUUCAUAAAAUGGCCAAAAAGUAUUCCCGUCCAAGACAGACACAAUCCGGACGGCGUAGACACCACUCACGAUAAUAUGUACGGUCGCGUGUGGCCACCCGUGGUAGCCUUUCCGGACUACUUCAAGAAUGUUACCCAUAACUGGUGGAUAGACAGCCUCAACCAUUUGCACUCUAUUGGAUGGAAAUUCAAUUCACUUUGGAUUGAUAUGAAUGAGCCAAUCACUUUCGAUAGUGGGGAGGGAUAUAAUAUCCAGUGUCCACACAAUCAAUACGAUAACAUUCCCAUCGAAAUAAAGGCUCAAUGGGUGCAUGGCUCUGAUCGGUUGAGCAGAUCAACCCUUUGUAUGAUUGGAGUUCAGGGAGAAUCGGGUCAAUUCAAACACUAUGACGUCCACUCUCUUUAUGGACUAACCAUGGCUAUGGCCACACAAAAGUCCACAUAUGUCUCGUCGGGUCAAUACGCGGGUCAUUGGUUGGGGGAUAACAAGGCCACUUGGCUUCAAAUGAGGGAAUCGGUUAUAGGAAUAUUGGAUCAGAUAUUUGUGGCUUUUUUGAAGAUUCAACACCAGAACUAUGCCGUCGUUGGUCACAAUUGGGAGCCUUUACACCAUUCAGUAGAAACCAUCACUAUUGGGGAAAUGAUAUUGAACAGGACCCGGCUGCUUGGGCUGAUAGGGGGCACCCGGAGGUUACAGAGGCGGCCAAACAAUCACUUUAUCUGA